UAGAGAGGCUCGUUCCCCGCGGUCGGGGAUGGUGAUCCGGGCCCCGCUGCCGCGCCUGCUCACCGCCCUCAGCCGCCGGAGGAUGAAGCUGCUGCUCGCCAUCGCCCUGCUCGCCUACGUGGCUUCUGUCUGGGGCAAUUUCGUGAACAUGAGGUCUAUCCAGGAAAAUGGAGAGCAGAAAAUGGAAAAUAAGAUUGAAGAGGUUAUUGCACCACUAAGAGAGAAAAUCAGAGACUUGGAAAAAAGUUUCACUCAGAAGUAUCCACCUGUGAAAUUUUUAUCAGAGAAGGACCGUAAAAGAAUUUUGAUAACUGGAGGAGCAGGGUUUGUGGGUUCUCAUCUUACUGACAAACUAAUGAUGGAUGGCCAUGAGGUUACAGUUGUGGACAACUUCUUUACGGGCAGGAAACGAAACGUGGAGCACUGGAUUGGCCACGAGAACUUUGAGCUGAUCAAUCACGAUGUUGUAGAACCCCUGUAUAUUGAAGUGGACCAGAUAUACCAUCUAGCAUCUCCAGCUUCUCCUCCAAACUACAUGUAUAAUCCUAUCAAGACAUUAAAGACCAACACGAUAGGAACAUUAAAUAUGCUGGGGUUGGCAAAACGGGUCGGAGCACGCCUUCUGCUGGCUUCCACCUCCGAGGUGUAUGGAGACCCUGAAGUCCAUCCUCAAAAUGAAGAUUACUGGGGCCACGUGAACCCCAUAGGGCCCAGGGCCUGUUAUGAUGAAGGCAAGCGAGUGGCAGAGACGAUGUGUUAUGCCUACAUGAAACAGGAAGGGGUUGAAGUCCGUGUCGCUAGAAUCUUUAAUACUUUUGGACCUCGGAUGCACAUGAAUGAUGGCAGAGUUGUCAGCAACUUCAUUCUGCAGGCCCUCCAGGGCGAACCUCUAACAGUAUAUGGUUCGGGGUCCCAGACCAGGGCAUUCCAGUAUGUCAGCGACCUGGUGAAUGGACUGGUGUCCUUGAUGAACAGCAACGUCAGCAGCCCCGUCAACCUGGGAAACCCAGAAGAACAUACCAUUCUCGAAUUUGCUCAAAUGAUUAAAAAUCUGGUUGGUAGCGGAAGCGAAAUCCAGUUUCUCUCAGAGGCCCAAGAUGACCCGCAGAAAAGGAAACCGGACAUCCAGAAAGCCAAGCUGCUCUUGGGCUGGGAGCCUGUGGUCCCUUUGGAAGAAGGCUUAAACAAAGCGAUUCACUACUUCCGCAAAGAACUCGAAUAUCAAGCAAAUAACCAAUACAUCCCCAAACCCAAACCCGCCAGAAUAAAAAAAGGCAGAUCAAGACACAACUGAAGACCCGUGCCUCCGCCCAGGAGGGCCCUUAUUUUCCGUUUGACAGGAUGUAUUUUUUUUUUUCAUUUUCUUCUUUUUUAAAAAAAGAAAGACUUUUAACAGGUGUCAUGAAGAACAAACUGGAAUUUCAUUCUGAAGCUUGCUUUAAAGAAAUGAUGUGCCUAUAAGAUUCCCCCUUUCCCUCCCCCCUCAAAAAAACAACAAAAACUGCAAUUCUUGCCUUGCACUUUUUAAAUCUGUCUUUUUAUGUAGAGUAGAAACAUCUUCAGAUAUCUUCAAGGUUUUUUUUUUUUUAUCUUGCUGUGAGAUCAUUUGUUGUGACUGUCUCUGACAGUUUUAUUUACUGGUUUCUUUGUGAAGCUGAAGAGGAACAUAAACGGGAGGGGAAAUGCCAAGUUUAUUUAUGAAAUAUGGGUACUAUAAAUGAGACGUUAUACUAUGCAUAAAGGAAAAAAAAGCUAGCCGGAUUGUCAGGGAAGUGGAACACUGGCAUUAAGUCAAAAAGAGUGAAAUAUAAAAGGAUUCUGGUUGGGAGUUUAUACCUUUCCUUCGAUACAGAAUUUUUCCAACGUUUAGAUUUAGUUGCACACUUGAAUUUGAAAUAUUUUCAUUGAUUAUCAUGGAUAAGAUUUUAAAUCACUACUGUGUUGUGUUGCGUUCUCUGGGAAAAAAGUUAAUGUAUUAUUGGUUAACAGUUGUUGAAUAUGCUAUUUUAAUAAAAUAUUGAAACUGGG